AUGGACCUGGCGUCUCACAGUAAGACGACCUCCGAGGGGGCCGAGGGCAGACCAGCCCCUCCCAAUUCGCUGCCCCUGCAGGGUGCUCCAGGUGGCCCGUCCCAGAGGAAGAAGCUCUCCGCCCCAAGUAUCAGCCUCUCAUUGGACCAGAGCGAGGACGACGCCCUAGAGACGCCCGACGACCUUGACAUUAACGUGGACGACCUGGACACGCCCGACGACGCAGACUAUCUGGACUACACCGACAAUGAGCUGGACUGGGAGGAACCCCCAACAGCCAAUCGUACAGCGGGGAAGGAGCCGUGCGAGCCGAUUCCCACAUGUAGCACGGAGGAGGAGCGUCAGGAUGGGAAGCUGUGGAGGGCAGUUGUCAUCGGAGAGCAGGAACACCGCAUUAACAUGAAGAUCAUUGAGCCCUACCAGAGAGUCAUCUCCCAUGGAGGGUACUACGAAAAUGGAGUGAACGCCAUCAUAGUGUUUGCGGCGUGUUUCCUCCCUGACAGCGACAGUGAGGACUACCAUGAAGUCAUGGAGCAUCUCUUCCUGUAUGUGAUCAGCACGUUGGAGCUGAUGGUGGCGGAAGACUAUAUGAUCAUCUACUUGAACGGAGCCACGCCCCACAGGAGGAUGCCUGGACUGGGUUGGCUCAAGAAGUGUUACCAGAUGAUUGACAGGAGGCUCAGGAAGAAUUUGAAAUCCUUCAUCAUCGUCCACCCGUCCUGGUUUAUACGGACCAUACUAGCCCUCACUCGGCCCUUCAUCAGCACCAAGUUCAGCAAUAAGAUCAAGUAUGUGAACAGCCUGGCUGAGCUGCAGGAACUCAUCCCCAUGGAACACGUCCACAUCCCAGAGUGCAUCAUUAGUCUUGACGAGGAGCUGAAGGAAGCAGCGGUGAGCUCAACAGUGAGCAGUUUCCUCCAGGGAGCCGAGCCGACGCCGGGGAGACCUGAGUGA